CGGUGCUCACUUGCACCUUUCCGCCAGCUUGGCUAGCCAAAGUCUCCACGCCCUCAUGUAGUCACUAGCACCUGCUUCUCCUUUUUAUAUAGCCGCUUGACACACGAGCACACAUUAUUAUUUUUUUGAAAUAACAUCGGGAUCCUUUUUAUUUGGGUCAUUUCGGCUGCACCAGUCGACCAGGACGCCCCCAUCCCGUGUCACGCUUGCCUUCCCUCCGCCACUUGUUGGUUCACGUCUCGACGGUUUCCGUUCCACGCGUAAUCUUGCGAGAUUAUUGGUGUGAUUUGUGUUGGAAUGCUGCAGGAUCUGACCUUUUAUCACAAGAGGCAAAGCAGCCGGACCCCUGAACCUUACACUUUCUGAAAGCCUGCUACUCUACGAUGCCUUUGAGGCUAAAAUGUCUCAAAUGAAGCAUGUUGUCAUGAAAGACAAAGACCAGGAUGUUGAAAAGAACUUGGACUGGAGUUAUAUUGAAUGGGUGGGAAAUGAAGUUGUCACUUCAGGUGUGGCGAAUGCAGAGACCCAAACGGAUCGAGGCCCUUUUGAGCACAAGGGAUGCCAAACCAGCAACCCGGUGAUAAUGCACAUCGAUCUCACACGGACACACUCCAGGCUGAGGCAUUCACGCUUGUUAGAUCAUGACGGCAUGGUAGCACCUCUCUUCCAGUUCGACCGACAGGCUCCCGGCCGCAUCUCCACCUCUCCCACCUUGAGGAGGAUGAGGAGCACCAGGCGUCCCGUGUUGGACACCCAGGAUCCCGCAAGGAUGGGUAUCACCAAGGAGGAGCCCUCCCCUGCAAGCUUGUCAUCGCCUUUACACAGAAUAAAGUCUCCCCUCGCCACAAGCCCCCUCCUGUUGAGUGGCGAGGUCUGUCACGAGCAGCCGACAAUUUCAUCCUGUGGCCGACAGAGAACCAGAUCACAUAGAUCAAAGACCUUUGACAAUGGUAUUGCUUCCAUGAAGCCAGAGUGUCGAAGUGCUCACCCUACUAUUGUGAAAGAUUUUGGCUUUCCUGAUAGUGAAUUACAGGAGAAGGAGCAUCGUCCUCAUAGCCACAGACAUGCCUCGGUAACUCACUGUGGAAGGCCACCAAGAGGAUUAGAAGUGCCACAGAGCAAUGCCGUGACUCAUUUAGCACAAAUGGGUCUACAGGAAAGGAGGCGGAGCUCUGUAGUCGUCAGUUUACCUGGCUUGGAUGUUUCACCUGGAGACCUGUUUGUAUCUAAUGGAGCAGCUGACAUGCUAAACAACUUUUCUGACACAAAGAAGUCAAAGUGGCCUUUUUCAAGGCGUAGCACAACUAAAGGGAAGUCCCAAACAGGAAUGUCGGUGUCUGAUAUUGAACGAUAUCUUUCAACAGCAGAAAUUCAGGACUGGAGGAACUGUGACCUUCAGAAAUAUAAGGACUACACCGUGGCAGAGUUCCUGCAGGACCAGUCCUCCCAGUGGAGCGCCACCUCUGACCCUGUUGGCUUUAAAAGACAAGAGGCCAUCUGGGAGCUCUUCACCAGCGAGUGCGUUUACUUCUUGGAUCAGCUCAUGGUUCUCAAAGAGGUGUUUUUGGCUACACUUACAAACCUUCAGAUGAGAUCCUGCCUUGCUGAUAUUGACACCUGGAGGCUGUUUGCAAACCUCAGUGAGCUUUGCUUGGUGAGCUUUGGUUUCCUUAACAACCUCCUGCGCGUCAUCAAGGACUCGUUGGAUGUCACCGAUGGUAACGGAGCCACUCUGCUAGAGCUGUUGAGCAAAACUUUCCAGGAGAGCAUAUGCCACUGCUUGCAGAAGUACUGCCUCAACUACUCCACAGCUUUGCUUUAUCUGGACAGCCUGAAGCCCAGAGAGGACUUUGCGUCUUAUGUCAAGUGGUCUGAGAGCAACAAGCAGUGCCGCAGGCUGCAACUGCGGGACCUGCUGGUUGCGCCAUUGCAGAGGCUAACCCGCUACCCGCUGCUCCUACGGAACAUCGCUAGGCGGUUCUACACGGAGGAGGAAAGCAGGGAUGUGCAGGCUGUAGCGGAGCAAGUGGACAUGUCAAUAUGUGACCUGGAGGGAAAGGUGAAAUGGUUGGACAGCUACCAGAAGGUCAAACAGCUGAGAGACGCCCUGGUGUGGCUGCCGGUGUGGGAGCGGGACAAGCGGGCCUUCAUCCCCGAGACCGUCAAACAUUUGCUGAAAGCCGUGACGCUGGAGAAUCUCAUUUCUCACAGAAGUCUGCUGCACGAAGGCAAACUGAUUCUCACAGAGAACGCUAAGCUCAUAGACGUCUACCUGUUCCUCUUUGACGAAUUCCUGCUCAUCACCAAGAUAAAGAGAAACAAGAAGAGGUCCAUCGGCCCGGAAGCAAACUCCUUGCGCAUGGCGCAGAACCUGGAGCUGGAUCAGCUGCUGAAGGAAGGAUGCACCUUCACGGUUCUCGACCAGCCCGUCUCUCUGGACCGACUCCAGCUCAGGAACAUUGAUCAGCUCAAUGCAUCAACAUCAGGGCUGCCUCAUUCUUUUAUAAUUACGCACCAGAACCGCUACCAGCAGUGUAUCGGUGUGUUUGUCCUGCAGGCUGCGUCAGAGUCUUCCAAGAGAGCGUGGCUGUCUAAGAUAGAGGAGGCUGUGUCGGUCCUGCUGAAGCUCGACUCUCAGCAGGCGCGAGUGACGAACGAUUCACUGUGGUUGGAGUCGUCCCAGAUCUGAAACAUUCCCCUGCACGAGACGCUGUCUGCGUACACUUCAGUCCCCACGUCGUCCAUGAAGACACUAGCACUAAUGUAUACAGUACAGUACGGUGAACUGCUGCUGCAGUACUGUACUAUUAAAGCUUUGCUCAUGUAGUACAA